AAUCAGAGGAUUAAUUUUCCCAUAUGCUCUUGUUAUGACUUCUCAUGAAAAUUUCCAGACAAGAUCCAAGAUGCCCAGUAAACCUCUUCUCUCUGUGCUGCCAGUCACCACAGCAGCGAUGGAACCAAAUGGCAGCUUCAGGGGUACCAGGGAGAACUGCACAGUGGAUGACUUCAAGAGAAAUUUUUAUCCCGCAGUCUACCUGGUUGUAUUUGUCGUGGGGGCCUUGGGAAAUGGCUUUUCCAUAUUCAUUCUCCUGCAACCGACUAAAAAGUCCAAAUCGGUGAAUGUGUUCAUGCUGAACUUGGCCAUUUCAGACUUGCUGUUUGUGUGCACGCUACCCUUCAGAGCUGACUAUUACCUUCGAGGCUCUCAUUGGGUGUUUGGAGAUGCAGCCUGCAGGAUCAUGUCCUAUUCCUUCUACGUCAACAUGUACAUCAGUGUUUACUUCCUGACUGCCUUGAGUGUUGUCCGUUUCCUGGCUACCGUCUGUCCCUUCAGGUUCCUGCACGUGACCAGCCUCAAGACCACCUGGGGCCUGUGUGCGGCCAUCUGGGUCUUCAUCAUGGCCCCCUCUGCCCUGCUCCUGAGCGGUGGAACAACCAACAAUGAAAAGCGGGCCACCUGUUUAGAAUUAAACUCCAGCAAGAUCACCAGGUUAAGGAUCCUGAACCACACUGUGAUGGUAGUGGGCUUUGUCUUGCCCUUCUUCACUUUGGCCAUCUGCUAUGUGCUGAUUAUCAAGACCCUGCUCAAGGUCAAGGCUCCAAAGUCUGGAGCCCGAAUCUCUCACAAGAAGGCGCUGGUCACGGUUACGGUCUCCGUGAUUCUCUUCGUGCUGUGUUUCCUGCCCUAUCACGUACUGAGGACAGUCCACCUAACGCAGUGGAGGGAGGGCAAGUGCAGUGAACGGCUACACAAGGCUGUCAUCAUCACCAUGGCCUUGGCAGCAUCAAACAGUUGCCUUGACCCUUUGCUCUACUAUUUUGCUGGAGAAAAUUUUAAGCAGAGACUAAAAGCAGUAUUCAAAAGGGGAAAGAAAGAAAUGCACCAGUCUUAUUUGUACAUGGCUAAACAAACAACGCAUAAGUAA